AACAGAAAAAAACUAACAAUCUUCACAUCAGUCGUGAAAAAAUGAGUACUCUCAAUCGCCCGAAAUCUCCGCGGACUCCAACUUCUGGCAAAAAUUUCGACAAAGAGGAAAGUUUCUGGGACAAAAUCGGCACUCUGGGCCGGAAGAAGCGCAUCAAGGAAGUUCAAGAAGUACAAGAGGAGGGUGCAAUUGCCAUCGACUCACCCGGCAACCCAAACGCUCCAAUCGUUCCGCCGGAGGAGUACAAUCUCGAGGAUAAUGAGUCUCGAUCAAUCAUCCAGCCAGCAUCGUUGCAGCAUCCGCAUGUACGAGAACUGCUGCAGGUUCUUAUUGACUGGAUAAACGAUGAACUGGUUGAGGAGCGUAUCAUCGUGACGGACAUCGAAGAGGACCUUUACGAUGGUCAGGUGCUGCAAAAGUUAUUUGAGAAGCUAACCGGGCACCAGUUGAACGUGCCGGAAGUAACUCAAUCAGCAGAGGGACAACGGCAAAAAUUAGCCGUUGUUUUGAAUGCAGUUAAUCAUACACUGGGCUACCACCACAACAUACCAAAAUGGACGGUGGAAAGUAUUCACACGAAGAACAUCGUUUCAAUUCUACAUUUGCUGGUUGCUCUAGUACGUCAUUUCCGAGCUCCGAUUCGCCUGCCAGAGAAUGUUCAAGUCACGGUCGUGAUGGCACAAAAGAUAAAUGGAAAACUAACAAGCAAGCAAUUCCAGGAACAGAUCACACUGCAGUAUGAUGACGUUGGUAUGCGCUGCGAGCGGGACGCCUUCGAUACAUUAUUUGAUCACGCUCCGGAAAAGCUCGCGGUGGUCAAGAAAUCGCUAAUCACUUUCGUCAACAAGCACCUCAACAAGCUGAACUUCGAGGCGGCUGAUCUGGGUUCGGACUUCAAGGAUGGUGUGUUCCUGUGUCUGUUGAUGGGUCUGCUGGGAGGAUUCUUCGUGCCGCUGCAUGAGUUCCAUCUGACCCCCAAGGAUACCGAUCACAUGGUGCACAAUGUUGGUUUCGCUUUCGAGCUGAUGAUGGAUCAGGGUUUGAAGCCGAAAGCUCGACCGGAAGAUAUCGUCAACAUGGAUCUGAAAUCCACCCUUCGGGUUUUGUACACACUGUUCACAAAAUAUAGAAAUAUUUCCUGAAGUGAAUAACUCAACAGUGAAUAAGUGCCUUGGCAGCUAAUGGAUGAUGCUUUCCAACAGUAAACCGUGUUUGUAGCAGCAUUGGCGAUCGAUGUAGUAUUAAUGGAGAUGUCUUAACAAACUAACAUACGUCGAAAAGCACGCACAAUAAAUUGUAGAGUCCCCAUCUUUUUGCAUCAGCACAUUUAUAGAUAGUCAGACGGAAAUCUAAUUAUUUACUUCAUUUUAAUGUUAGAAGCAAUUAUUUUCAUAGUUAACUUAUACAACGCGUCUUUUACUCAAUGCAAUAAAACAAAAUAAAAAUUUAACAAAGUAAUGAGUGUAAUGUGUUUUUCGCUCCAAAAAACAUUCCUUUUUCCAAAAGUUCAAAGAUUCGUGGACUAACAGACUAAUGAUUGCUAUGAGGUGGGAGUAUGUAUAUUUAAUUUCGAUUACCUAGUAGUUUAACAUGAAGGUUGCUUGUUGAUUUUUACGCCCUCAUUCAAGGGUUUCGAGACCAGUUAGAUGACAUCUAUCGAGACACGAAAGCACCGUUAUGAAAUAUUUAGGCUUGACGGAUGAAAACUUGGACAAAUAAAGAGCUUUUCUAAAAAUCCCAUAA